GUCAAGAUAACAUAAAGAUGAAGUUAAUGUAUACCCUGCAACCAGAUUUGAGUAUAUAACCUAGUAAUGUUGUUCAAGAACCAGUUUUGGAGUUUGUGUUGAUAUUGUGUGUUGUACAGAGUUUGAAGGAUGGUGAAGGCGAAUGUAUUAUCGAAGAUUAGAGCUUUCGGGGGCGUUAACAGACCCAUCUAUGUCUUGGUUGGUUUGGCAUUUCUCAUCUCAGUGGCUACUUUGGCUAAGUUCAAUUACAUCACACCGCUAAGCUUCUCUGGUCGGUUCUGUAAUAAUCAUGGAAGCUUUGACGGCGACAACUAUAUUCUCGGAAGCCAAAUGAGAAAGACUAUAGAAUCCGCCAUCUUCAAAAUCCACCAAGAAAUGGAUGAUCUCAAGGCUCUAGAAGCUAAUUCUUCUGCUCCACCGUCUGAUUCAUCAGCUUCAGGAUCCAUGUUUAGGCAUGUAGCUUUCCUUGCAGAUGUUCUUUCACUGAUUCAGUCAGUUCACAUGGAGUUACCUUCUUUCGAAGAAGUGGAUCAUCCGUUGAAACAGAGGAACGGUGACCCUGGCGAGCAUUUCAUGAGGGAAGAGAUCAAGAAAUACAUAAAGAUCAAACCUAACCGGCUUGGAAAGCAGAACUUCAUGGGAGCUAAUGGAACGUUCACAUCGAUAGGGCACGCUUGCUUUGCCAUGAAGAAAGAUCUAGAAGAGUAUAUGGACUACGACGUUGGGGAGAUCUGCAACGACGACUGGAGAUUAGCUCAGAAGCUUAUGGUUCACGGUUGUGAUCCGUUGCCUAGAAGACGGUGCUUCUCCCGUGCACCGCAGCUAUACUACAAACCGUUGCCGAUCAACGAGUCUUUGUGGAAGCUUCCGGAUAACCGGAACGUGAGAUGGGGACAGUAUAAAUGCAAGAACUUUACUUGUCUCGCAAGCAACACAACAGCAAGAAAAGGGUUCUUCAAAUGCACUGAUUGCUUCAAUCUCACGCAUCACGAGUCGCCGAGAUGGGUUAACCGAGGAGAAAUCGAUCCAGAGACAAACCAAACAGCUGAUUUUUCUAUACAAGAAGUGCUGGAGAUAAAACCGGGAGAGAUUAGAAUCGGUUUGGACUUCAGCGUUGGCACUGGGACUUUUGCAGCGAGGAUGAGAGAAAGUAACGUCACCAUUGUAACAGCAACAAUCAACCUAGGAGCUCCAUUCAACGAGAUGAUCUCUCUCCGCGGUUUAGUCCCAUUGUACUUAACCGUGAACCAACGGUUACCCUUCUUCGACAGCACGCUGGAUAUGAUUCACACUACCAGGUUUCUUGAUGGAUGGAUCGACCUAAUACUUCUUGAUUUCGUGCUGUUUGAUUGGGACAGGGUUUUAAGACCAGGUGGGUUAUUGUGGAUAGAUGGUUUCUUUUGUCUGAAAGAGGAUUUGGGUGAUUAUAUGGAAGCGUUUAAAGCGUUGAGGUAUAGGAGACAUAAGUGGGUUGUGGUGCCUAAGAAAGACAAAGAUGAUAAAGAAGUUUUCUUCUCUGCUGUGUUAGAGAAACCUCCAAGACCCUUUAGAUGAUUGAAUCGUAGCUUCAUGUUUUGUGUUUACCAUUGAAAUGUGAAAAUGCUGUAAGAUAUGUAUUCGACUAGAAGUUUCCGGUAGUAUAAAUUA